CGUUGGAAUAUGUACGGAUUAAUUAAAAUUAAAAAAUACGUGAAAAAUAAUUAAGUGCAAUUUAUCAUUACAAUUUAAAUUAUAUUUUCGCUACUUUUUUUUUAAUAAUUUUUAUUUAAAUUAUUAAUAAAUUAAUAUAAAAAUGUUUUCAAUUCUGAAGCAACAGACUUCAAUAUUAUCACUUAUAUUAUUUUUAUCAUAUAAUCUGUCUUAUGGAAUUUGUGCUGAUAAUGAAAAUAUAACAAGUACAACAGUUAUACCUGAAAAACAACAAAAUGAUAUCCCAGUAAGAAAUUUAACAAUUAAAGUUAAAGAUACUGAUUUAUGUACAAAAUGUUCUUGUUAUGAAUCAGCUAAAGUAUUAGAUUGCAGUUAUAAAAAUUUAACAGAUUGGUUUACAAAAGAUGAAUUAGAUGCAAUGAUAAAUGAUGAUGAUGAUUAUACAUUUGAAACAAUUAAUUUAGAAGGGAAUUUAUUAAAGGAAAUACAAGAAUUUCCAUCAUUAAAAAAUUUAAAAAUAUUAAAUUUUCAUAAAAAUCAAAUUGAAAAUAUAACAAAUGGAGCAUUUACAAAAUUAUUUAAUUUAAAAUAUUUAUCAUAUAAUUUAUUAGAUACAAAAACAUUAGAUCCAGAUGUAUUUAGAGGAAGAUAUAAUCCGCAUUUAUUUGAACCAAUGAAAAAUUUAACACAUUUAAAUUUAGCUGGUAAUAAAUUGCAUAGUUUAAAACCAGAUCUAUUCAUUCAUUUCCCAAGAAUUGAAAUCUUAAAUUUAAGUUCAAAUUCAUUUGAUCAUAUCGAUGAUUUAAGUAAUCAAGCUAUAUCAAGUCUUGGCUAUGUAACAGAAAUGGAUUUAUCUAAUAUGGGACUAUCACAAUUACCAACAUAUUUAUUUAAUCAUCAUAAAAAUGAUUUAAAAAUAUUAUUAUUAAAUAAUAAUAAAUUUGAGAAAAUUCCAUCAGAUGCAAUCGGUAAAGCAAUUAAUUUAGAGACGCUCUAUUUAAAUGAUAAUCCAUUUUUACAAUUUGAUAAAGAAAAUAAAUUCCCAAUUUUACCAAAUCUUAAAGAAUUACACAUUUCAAAUUGCCAGAAUCUAUUAUCGAUUGGAUCUGAAUCAUUAAGUGGAUUACAAAGUUUAACAGAAUUAUUUAUUACAAAUAAUUCAAAAUUGAAAACAAUUCAUCCAAAUGCUCUGGCUCAUUUCAAAUUUAAUUCAACAGAAUUAGGUUAUCCACCAUUAAAAAAUUUGUCAUUGAACAAUAAUAACAUUGAAAUAUUACCGAGAACAUUAUUAGCUGUUGAAAAUUGGCAUAAUAUUGAGGAAAUUGAUUUAAGAAAUAAUUCAUGGAUAUGCACAUGUAAAAAUGAUUUCCUAUUAAAUACAUUAGUAUUUCAAUUAAGAAAGAGAACACCAAAUUUAUUAACAAAUGUUAAUUGUCAUCAACCAGAAGAAUUUUAUGGUGUACCAAUAAAAAAUUUCAAUAUUAAAAAUGGUUUUAAAAUAAAUUGUAAUGAUGAUGAAGAUGAUACAAAUGGAAGUAAUUAUGGUGCUAUAACUGGUAUACUAAUUGGUAUUAUAAUUGUAAUACCAUUAGCAUUUAUAUUAUUUAUUAUAUAUAAACGUGGUUGCUUUGGUCUAAUAUCAAAUCCAAAUGAUCCAGCUAAAUUUAGUAGAGCAUUUUAUAGUAGAACAAAUAAUAGUGAAGAAUUUAUAAUAUUUACUAUUUAGAAAACUUUUUGCUGUAACAAAGUGAUCUUUCAUUCCAUAACAUGAAUUAUAUAUACAUACAUUAUAAUAAAUCAAUAUAUAUAUAUAUAUAAGCGUAAAUAAUGUAAAAAUUUUAAUUUGAUUAGUAUGAGUGCUAAUUAGUAACUUGAGAUCUAAAUAAAGUACUUAAUAAUUAUAUAUACUAUUCAAAAUCAUGUACAAUUGUUUACUUAAUAAACAAAUAUAAAAAUUACCUAAACAUAAUAUAGCACUUAUACAGGGUGAUUCGCAUAAGAUUGCAAAUUAUUUCAGGAAUGAUUCCUUUAUCAAUUUUCAGCAAAAAAUUGUAUUGGCAGUGAAGAUGCAGAUAUACUCGUUUUCGAGCUACAGCCUAUUGAGAAAAAGAUACCAGUUUUUUCCUACAUAAAAACUUAAAUCAAAUCAUGUUAAUUGUAACACCGAAAAUAAAGAGCAAUCAAUCGCCUGUAAAACAAGCCACUCAUGGUUAUUCUAUGCAGUACGGCUCCGAAGUUAUAAGCGCUUAUUUAUAUUCAGGAAGAAUCUGGUGCCUUAAUUUUUUUUAACACGCUGCAGCUCGAAAAUGAGUAUAUCUACACUCUCGCCCCCGCUCAUACAGUUUUUUGCUGGAAAUCGAUCAAAGAAUAAUUCCUGAAAUUAUUUGCUAUCUUAUAUUAAAAACCCUGUAUAUGUAUGUAAUUAUAUAUUUAUAAAUAAGUUUAAAUUGUAAGUUUUUAAUUUUAAUUUGAGAUUAUACUUACUAUUAAAUUCAAAAAUACCUUAAAUUUUAUAUGUUCAAUAAACUUAGUAUUUAAUUUUAAUUUUACAAAAAUAAAAUUGACAUAAAAAAGGGUCUGCAAAUAUCAGUGCAAAUUUUUUGACACAUUACAUUGUUGUUGUUUCACGCAUAAGCAAUAUGCACCGAAUUUACAUACAUGAAUAAAAUAUACUGGAACUAAAUCCAAUAAGGUGCAUUAAAUAUUUGCUCGUGCAUUUAUUUUGAUAUAUUUUGACAUUUCGUUUGACAUUCUUUUUUUUUUUUUUUUUGAGAAA